AUGGCGGGCUACCUGUUGCAUCACGACGAUGGUGGCCUCAUUUCUGUGCUGUAUUGUGAGCUGCACCCCCAAAGCGGGGAUCGGGCCAGGCUGUCAGUCUACGAGAACGAGCGCUGCCAGGUGCCACUAGCGGACCUGUACAUCGGCGUGCGCACGACGUGUUGCGAGAAGGUCGGCGUGAGUUGCAGCUGCUUCUUCGUCGAGGACCACCUCUUCUCGGCCAGGACCCUCAGCGAGAGGAAGCUGUGGCUGCGGGCCAUCUCCAACGUGAAGGUGAAGCUCCAGCACCGCGCGCCGAUCCCCACCCCAGUGGAGCUGUCGGCCUACCGGUCCUCCAUCCAGGAGCACCUGGCGAGCAGCAGGGAAGGCAGGGACGCCCUGCAGCGCCAAGCGCCCGUCGACGCGCUGCUGGGCCGCCGGGAGUUCGGCGACGCGCCGCGGCAGGCGCUGCGCCUGCAGCCGGCAGAGCAGCCACAGGAGCGCCCGCCCCCGGCCUAUGCCGGCUGCGCGGGCCGGCCGCCUCCGGGCUACGCAGGCUGUGGUGGCUCCGCGCCGGCGCCGCCGCCACAGCGGGAUGGAGACGAGUGGCUGCCCCCCGUCGCGGACGAGCUCUCUGGCCCGCCAGCGGAGGUGGCUGCCGCCUCGGCUUGCCCGCGCGGCGAUGCCUCGGGCGACUGGGCCGCCACGGCCGCGAGCGGCCCGGCGCCCGCGGCGGCAUUCCUCGGGCUGCCCCCGCCCGCGGCCCAGCCGGAGGAGCCCCCCGCCGCCGCGACCGCCUCGGUGCAGGAGGCCACGCCGCCGUGCGCGGCGGAGGAGGCCCAGGCUGCGGCGAGGGCCGGGUGACCGCCGCGGCGGGCCCGCGCGGGCCGCCUCCGCGCGGGCGGGGCGGAAUUCGGCGAACGAGGGCGGUCGGCGAGCGAGGGCGCGGCGGCACGGAUUCCGAGGCGCCCGCUCGCGGCCCCCGCUCCGCAGCACGAGCGAGAGACUGCUGGUCUUCAUAUUACUGUUCACCUUCCUCCUCAUCACAUGCUUCCCUGUUCCUACGCGAGAGGGAUGGAAUUCAUGCGUGAUCGACCCCCCCUUGUGGCAUGCAAUUUGUGCAGACGCAGGAGCAGUCCUAGCUCGUUGCAUCUGCUCUCCUUUCAAAAUCUGUGGCCUGUGCGAAGG